UAACAAGUUCCAGUUUUGCAUAAGUAUACCAUUAAUAGCUCAUCAAUGCAUUUUGCAGCAAUGUAUUCAUAUAUACGGUGCAUUUAACAAAACCGUAAUCGAAUACUUUGUACAGUUUGUAGCAGGGUUGCCAGAUUUUUGCCGGGUGUCGAUGAAAGGAUAAUUUACACUGGUGUAAGAAUUGACCAAUCACAGUUGGAAAUAAGGGGAAAAUAAUCGAUUAUUGAUCAAUUUUUACAAUUACGGCAUAAGUUAACAUUACAAAUUACGGCCUAUAUAAAUGAUUCUUAAGCCUUUAUCGCCUAAAAGUCGCCCAACUGGAACAUGCUUUCUAAAAAAAAAAAAGUAGGAAACAAUUAUACUCAUAUAUUCAUAAUUACACUCGAUUUAUCCUUGUUGUCCCAAUGUUAAACAAGGAUAAAAUGAUAUAAGGGCACGUUUCUGAACGCAACCUUGCCACAGACUUCUAUUAUAAAGGCCUGCGCAUACAUCAAAUAUUGGAAACAGGAGUAAAUAUUAAGAUUUCAACCUAUCAGAUACCAAUUACACCGGAAUACGGUUCCUGAUAGAUUGAAAUCUUAAUAUUUAUUCUUAUUCCUAAUAUUUUCUCCAUUGUGCGUAGGGCUAACAACCCUAGACCACUGACUCGUCCCUUUAACACAGGGUCUACAAUAGAAUAUUGUCGUAGGAAAAUCGUACUUAAAUCGUAGAAAAUUAAUCAAUUACAGUCAAAUAUGAAAAUAAUAAUCAAUUAUGAUUGAUCAAUUUUCUAUGACUUAAGACUUUAUGACUGUCACGAUUUUUAUUGUAGAUAAACUGUUGUAAAUAAACUCGACUUAAAGCCCUAAACACAAUGUGAAAGCAACAGCGAUAGCGAUAGGAACAGAGAAAUCCAACAUAUGCAUUUCUGUAUGUUAGAUUCUUCUAUUGCUAUCGCUAUUACUAUCGCUAUUUCUAUCGCUAUUGCUGUUGCCUUCGCAUUGUGUUUAGAGCUACUGUUGCCAAAAUAUACGUAUUAUGUGCGCAGAAUAAGUACAUUUGCAUAUUGCGCAUACUUUCUGUAUACUUUUGAACCAAUCACAGAAACGCUAGAUCACCUGACCUGUUGGCAUUUCUUUCUGUGUGUGAUCUUAUAGCAUUUUUCGUUGGCAAAAGCAUUCUAGUGCGUACUUAGUGCACAUUAAAGCUAUUACACUAUUCAAAUCUAAAUGUACAAUAUAAGUGAGAUAUCUCAAUUAGUAAAAUGCCCAAUGUGUAUUUUAUCAAAUAGCACAAAAAAUGUAUUAAAUAUUUUGCAGUUCAAUUCUGUAUUUCUAUUAAACGUACAUCUUUAUGUCGAUUUGUGUACAAUGGCUUUAAAGUGCACUGAAUGCGCACUAGUUCUGCUAAUGCACUCUAAACGCUAUCAUUGUACUCAUCUACUGUGUGCAGGCAACACUUUUAAGGAAAAGUGGGAAGUUAGCAGUUUAGUGUAAUAAUCCCGUCUCCUUCAUAAUUACCUGAACUUCAUAUGGAGUCUGCCGGUCUGUUGACGAAAUCGGCCGAUAAACGGAACAUUCAUGUCAAGGAGAAUGUUUGCGAAAUCUUGGAAUUGGCUGGGAUUAAAGAGUCUGAUUUAAAUACCGUGACACAAUGUCUAUAUUCCAUGCAAGAUCAUCAAGUCAAUGACAUGAUAUUGUUGGAAGUAGAUGAGGAUAUAUUAAAGAGACUAAACCAGGGAGAUGCAAUAUCAUUUCGCGGUAAUAAACAUGACAAUGCUAUGCUAUGUACACAAACUUGUACCUAUGAGGUCAGAGAGGCAGAGAUAUCCAAUUCAUGGUUGUUGGUACCAAACCUAAAGCUGGGUAAGACAACAGAUAUCGAAAAAGUUGCAGAAAGAACUAUAGAAAAACAUAAUGUAAAGAAGAUAUUUAACUUAUACUACGAGGUAAAAGAAACCAAACCUGAUCUGAUACGUUUAUCGAGUCUACUUAAAUCUUCUUCUUUCAAUGGAUUGGAAUACGAAUCUACUAUAGAUCGAAAUGUAUUAUACAGUUGGGAAAGAUUACAAAAUGAAUUACAAGCUAGUGAUCAAGAGUUAAAACAGGCUCUAUCAGAUUUCUUAAUAGCUGAAAUAGAUGGUUAUUUGCGUCUCAUAUCAUUUGACAUAGAAGCAAGAAGCUUAGAUCUGAUAUUGGAUUAUUUUGAAAGACAAUCUUGGGAAUUCGAUGAAGUAGAUAAAGAGAAUACUUGUGAAUUUUUAAAGGAACUUAUUUAUGAACCAGUAUUUGAUGUUAUAUUCAAAAGGUAUGCAGAACCAAGCACAAAGACAAAGGAUGACGGAAGUCCAUUAUAUAGGUUUAACGAAGAAAAAUGCUGUACAGUGAUAGCAAAAGUUCUUCUUGCUACUUCUCCUGUUACCGAAUAUAAAGAAUUUAUGAAAACAUGGAACAUUGGAACUCCUGAAAAAAUGCAGCCAAGAGAAGAAUAUUUACAUGGAUCAGCUCUUAUAAUGUAUAAUACUUCAAAAGUACAGAAGGAAGUCAUAUCUUGUCCAGAGGCAGACUUACCCAAUAACAUUCACGAUAGACUUAAUGAACUUUUUGAAAUUAAAGCUAAAUGGACUGUUGAAGAGAUAACACCUUAUAUUAUUCGUUUUACAAAAGGUAUAACGAAUGUUAAUGCACUUUUAACAAAGUAUGCCAGAUGUUCGACAAAAAAUGGGAUAAAAUAUUAUGGGUCAAAACAUGGCAAGUGAUAUAGUGAUUACAUUUGUGGUAUGCAUUUAAUCGUCUUAUAAUAAAUAUUGAUAUACAUAUGUUCUUGAUUUAUUAUAUUGA